AGUGCCACUACUGCCUCGCACGCCCGUACCGAUGGCAGCACACACUCUCUGAGCCUCGCCUGGGUACCCGCGCACCGCCAGCGGCAAGGAGCGGCAGCCCGAGUGGCAGCCACUGCAACACGAUGGGGCGGCGCGCGCGGCUAGUCCUCGGCCUCCUCGCCGCCGUCGACGCGAUCCCCGACCUCGGCGUCAUUUAUGCCGCGAGUGGCCGCCUCCACGUCCUGAUGGCGACGGAGUCCGCGCGGCCCCUGAAGUCGCACCUCGUGCACAUCCACACGCAAACGGAGGACGACCACGCGACGUGCGAGAGGCUGCGCGACGGCCAGAAGUGGUGGUCCUGCGUCGACGUCACGCGGGGCGAGCACCGCGCGGCGCAGCUCUGGCGGCACCUCGCGAAGUACACCUCCGCGGAGUCGGAGUGCCGGAGGCUGCACGGCGACGCGCCGAACCGCAUCCUGAAGAUCGUGGCCAUCGCCGCGGCGCCCUUCAAGCGCAACGUCUUCCUCGACGCGGACACGGUGCCGUGCUUCGACCUCGCGACGCUCUACACGCAGCUCCGGGCGACGGAGGAGCGCGGUUUGCUGGACCUCUACGACGUCCUCUUCGUCCCGGCGCGCGAGUCGGUCCCCCGGGCGCCGGCGCGCCUCGCGUCUUGGGCGCGCGCGCCGGCCUGGGUCGAGUCGAACGGGGGUGUGAUUUUUUGGCGGCGGACGCCCGAGACGGCGCGCCUCUUCCACCGCUGGCUCGCGUCGUAUUGCCGGGGCGGCGACGACCUCGCGCACUUCAACGGGGGCGACCAGCACAUCCUCUCGCGCGAGGUCCUGUCCGCGGUGCAGCGCGACCGCCUGCUGGUCUACCACUUGCUACCCAUCUGGAACUAUCGGUCGUGGCGGCGCCACUUUUCGAACAAGCAGGAGUGCUGCUCGUCGGCGUCGGUCACCGAGGAGCUCAGGCCCCUGCCCAUCUACAUCGACCACGGCUGCCGGAAGCCGCGGGACUACGUCAAGCGGACCGGGAACGCGUCCUGGUUCCUGGGGGAGGGGGGGUAAUUGUGUCUUGUGAAGUUACUCUCGUUAUUAUUUCG